AUGCUCCCGGCAACUGACUCGAUUUGGCGGGGAGUGGUCCCGGCGGACGCGGGAGCGUCGGCAGCCGCACAGCAGACAGACGGGAACGUUUCUACUCCGGCGGAUGAAGCUGGCCCCCAUGUAAAUAGAGUCGUAUCUUUCGAUGAUCACGGUACGACUGCCGUGUCUCUCACUGACGCGAGUGGUUCGACUAUGGGGCAGCGGACACACAGCGUGGUCGUGGCGGCCCCCUCGGCCCCAGAUCCGCAGCAACCGGAAGAGUUGCCGGAGCUAUCCAUUGAGGAGGUGGUGAACAGAACCGUGAUUCACCUAGAGAAGCCGAUCGAGCACAUGCCAGUGAUUUCUCCGCCGGAGUUGAAGCUGAUCGGACGAUGCGUCACCUUCAAGGGCGACACCACCAUCAACGGUGAGACCUGUUCCUUCUUCUACGAGGGCCUGAUUGGUACGAUAAAUAAGGAAACCGUCAUGCUGAUCCACGUGCAUCGGUACACCGAGGAGGACUUCCAACUUCACAAAUUAGAGUGCCGCCACGCUUUGGGAGCCGUGGAUAACUUGAAGUCUUCUCAGCAAGGCGUCGCCGUCACUCGGUCGAACAGUGGUGUGGAGGGCGGUUCCAGUCGCGGCCACGGCGGCACGGCACGCGAGGAGAUUGAGGCGAACUUCAACAACGACGACCUCAGCUGCGCGCGAAACCCUAUCGUUCCCGAGAGCAUUCAGAAGUCACAGGACAACGACAACUUCGACUUCGACCCCUCUAGCUUCAGCGUCACGGAUCACCAGGAGAAGCCGGCGUUGCUGAACUCGCUCGGGGAGACACACGCGGAGGAGGCGACGCGGGUGCGCAACCGCAUGCAGCAGCAGAAGGGCACGAUGGGCCCAAUACCGUAUGUCACCUUUUCUCGAUCGCACAUCCAUCGCGUCGAGUUUGGAGUCGAUCCGCCGAGCAGCUUCUACUCAAUUUUCCGUGACCCAACGAAGGCGCAUUUUGACAUGCAAUGCCUGCGCAUGUUCGUGCGGCGAUAUAUUAUUCACACCUCUCAAGGCAAUAACCCACGUUGUGUCCCGCUUCGCGCCUUCAUCACGUCUCGCUGCAACUGUCCAGACCUUGAGAACGAUCUGCUCGAGCGCACCACCCGCGAGGAGCUCGCACACCUCAUCAAGAUUGACCGAGAUGUCAAGCGCGUAAAGAAGAAGAAGGAGCAGAACCGCCGCAACGCGCUGCGCGCUUACAGAGCACCGCACGGGCUCUUCCGUCUGACCGGCAUUCUCUUUCUCACCCAUCUGCCGCAGCAAACCCUGAGCAUUGCUGUGAUGGAGAUGAUAGUGACGCUGGUGCUGCUCAUUUACAUGCUCACGACGAUCUUGACUGCCGAGCCCAACAUCGUUGGCAUUUACUUCGCAAAGAUUUACCCGUACGUAUUUUGUACGGUUAUUAUCUCUGUACUGGCUACAACCUGCACUUCGCUUCACGCGGUUCGUAUGUCACUUCCGAUUCGUGACGGCAUUUUCGUGGCGUCGUUGCGCGCCCUCUUCACACUGAGUGCCACGGCCUGCUUCACGAUGGCGAUGAUCAUCGUCGGAGGGCGUGCGAGUUAUGAGCAACUUCUCAGUUUCGUGGAGAGCGAUGCCAUUGCACCUCGAUUGUGCGGCUUCUACAGUGCUCAGCGGUGCAGCGGCAUCACCAUUCCGUGCACCAGCAUUUACGCAGAAAAGAAGCUCUGCAGCUGCCCUCACAUGGAGUACGACAGCUACCCGUGCCAGUCCAUUUUGAUCGCCUAUGUUCAGCGAGGUCUGAUUCCCAUGGUGUGUCUCGCGUUCAUAUUGUUUGCCACCUUUUUCUUUGAUGGCUACCUGCAUCUACGUCUCUUCCAUAUUGCCCAUCUUCUCGAAGGCAGAUUAUAG